CUGACGCUGCAGCUGGCGCAGCUCAGACCCGGAGCCGCCGCCGCUGAGCAGCCGAGCAGCCUCCUUCCGCCGCCGGUCCGCGCGCCCGGGCCGGGGCUAGGCCCCCCACCGCCGGGUCCCCCGGGGCUGCAGCAGCAGCGGCGCGGCCCGCGGUUCCCGCCGGGGCCCGGGCGCCGGCCCCGCUCUGCAGGAUGGGCACGGUGCUGUCCCUUUCCCCUGCCUCCUCGGCCAAGGGCCGGCGGCCCGGCGGACUGCCGGAGGAGAAGAAGAAGGCGCCGCCCGCGGGGGACGAGGCGCUGGGGGGCUACGGAGCGCCGCCGGUGGGCAAGGGCGGCAAAGGCGAGAGCCGGCUCAAGCGGCCGUCCGUCCUCAUCUCCGCUCUCACCUGGAAGCGCCUGGUGGCCGCGUCCGCCAAGAAGAAGAAAGGCAGCAAGAAGGUGACGCCCAAGCCGGCGUCCGCGGGCCCCGACCCCCUGGUCCAGCAACGCAACCGCGAGAACCUUCUCCGCAAGGGCCGGGACCCCCCCGACGGCGGCGGCGCCGCCAAGCCCCUGGCCGUUCCGGUGCCCACCGUGCCCGCGGCCGCCGCCGCCGCCGCCACCUGCGAGCCGCCGUCGGGGGGCAGUGCGGCCGCCCCGCCGCCAGGCUCCGGCGGGGGGAAGCCGCCGCCGCCGCCGCCCCUAGCCCCGCAGGCGGCGCCGCCGGUGCCCGGCGGUUCGCCGCGGCGGGUCAUCGUGCAGGCGUCCACCGGCGAGCUGCUGCGCUGCCUGGGCGACUUCGUGUGCCGACGCUGCUACCGCCUCAAGGAGCUGAGCCCCGGCGAGCUGGUGGGCUGGUUCCGCGGCGUGGACCGCUCGCUGCUGCUGCAGGGUUGGCAAGACCAGGCCUUCAUCACGCCCGCCAACCUGGUGUUCGUGUACCUGCUGUGCCGAGAGUCGCUGCGCGGGGACGAGCUGGCGUCGGCCGCCGAGCUGCAGGCCGCCUUCCUUACCUGCCUCUACCUCGCCUACUCCUAUAUGGGCAACGAGAUCUCCUACCCGCUGAAGCCCUUUCUCGUGGAGCCCGACAAGGAGCGCUUCUGGCAGCGCUGCCUGCGCCUCAUCCAGCGGCUCAGCCCCCAGAUGCUGCGGCUCAACGCCGACCCUCACUUCUUCACGCAGGUCUUUCAAGACCUCAAGAACGAGGGCGAGGCCGCCGCGGGCGCCGGGGGUCCACCCAGCGGGGGCGCGCCCGCCGCCCCCUCGGCCGCCAGGGACAGCUGCGCGGCCGGACCCAAGCACUGGACUAUGAACCUGGACCGUUAGGGAUACCCAGGGACCGCGCCCAUCCCCCGCCCCAGCCCCCGACACACACUCGGAUCCCCGGGACCCUCCAGCCACCGCCGCUGGUACCGCGGCUCCGCGCCACGGCCCGGCCGAGGAGGAGCCGCCCCUGCCCGGAAGGUGGAGGCUAGGACGCCUGAGGCCGCAGCGUCUGGAUUUUGCUGGGCGUGGGGUGGGGAUAGGGAUGAGCGCGGGAAGGGCACCCCCGCCUCCCCCUUUCCGUGCCCGCGCCCCCAUCUCCAUCUCUACGCGUCGCCCCCUGCCCUGCUAUGCGUGUCUCUAGGCCCGCCUCCCCGUGGUUGUGUCGGUUUCCUCGCCUCUCCCGUGUCUUCGUUCUUCCUCCUGCCUGCUUUCCCACCCCUUCUCCCUCCACCUUUCCGCUUACCGAACAUCUCCAGCUGACUGAGUGCACCCCGGGCCCCAUUCCUCCUGCACCUGUGUCCCUACCUCCCCUUCUUGCUCCCUUUCCCGGCCACGUGUCAGCCUCUCCCCUCCCGUCUGCCUCUCCCCUCUGCUUGUGUCGCCCCGAAUCUCUUCCCCUGACGGCGUCCCUGCAGCCCCCUCCCAGAUCAAAAGGAACAUCAGUUUUUGCUUGAGGUGCGACGAGAAACUGCAGCCCCAGGCGCCCAGGCACCACCUCGCCCCACCCCCACCGCCUCUCCCCCACCUUUUCCAACGUGUUGCAUGCCGGGAGUCGUGGGGGAAGGGGCUGCGGCUUCUUGCAGGAGCCUAAGGUUGGGGGCAAAAUCAGCCUAGGACACCACCCCAGCGGCAGCACCACAGCGGCCGGUGGGAGGGGAAAACUCUCCUUACUCAGGAGGAGGGGCGCCCUUCUUCCUAUCCUUAGGUUUUCUGUCACCCCCCACACACACCCCUUUUAAUUUAUCUGGUUGUUUCCGGAGGGAGGGGGGAGGGGAGGGGAGGGUGGGCAGGGAUCUGUCCGAGGUGCUGAGCUGGCCGCGACCGGAAGCCUCCAAGGAGAGUACCGGGGACUGGGUUGGGCCUGGGGCCAUGUCCAAGGUGCCAAUGAUGCGGGCCGACGGCGCGGGCCGCACUGUCUGUCUGUCCGUCGGUCUGUCCCGGAGAGAGCUAUAAAGCGCUGGAAGCGCCUGCA